ACCAUGACCAACCUGCAAUACAUCGACCUCACCUCCGUCCCUUGCUUCAACACUUUCACCACCUACGGAUUUCUUUCCAAUCUGGGCAAGAAUCAUCAGAUUCACACCAUCGAAAUGAGUGAAUCGUUGCUAAAAAAGUUGACGGCCGUAAAUGAGUGGAAGAUUGAUGAGCACUGUGGCCGAAGACGAUACUAUUUCAGGGCAACACAAGAAACUCAAGAUAACCGACCAGACCGAGUGCAUGCAAGGAAACUCGAUGUGAUUGAUUGUGGCCCAGAGAAGAUGAGCAAGAUCUUUCAAUAUUACAGUUUUGGAAUUUAA